CCCCCCCUCCCCACCAUCUCCAACACCCAAUUCUUUUUGCUCAUAUCUCUUCCCUUCCUUUCCUUCCUCUUCACUUCUCCCUAUCAUCACCUUCCUAAACACUUCCUACCUUAUAGUGCUCUCAAUUCCUAAACAAGACAUGUAAAUGUACCUCUCUAUAUAUAAGUCCCAAAAUCAUCUCUUCUAGGUGUACUCCAAAGUGAAACCCUUGUUACUUCGUGCUAUUUUCUCUCAUGUUCAUGACGACCGGUAACUCGGACAUAACUCUAAAGGCAUAUCCGUCGUUCCACCAGAGGAAGCAUGACUCAGGUGAGCUCGACGUGUUUGAAGCCACACGGUACUACUCCGGACAGAAUGAGUCGGGGUUGGGCCCUCACGGGGCCUCGCAUCCUUGGCGGACGCGGAGAAUGAGCCUGGAUGAGCAUGUGAGGCGGUCUUCACUAUUUCUUCACCAAGGGCAGCUCGGGAAGCAAAUCAAAAACAACAACAAUACCAACGACCAUAGGCACAAGCAUGAACCGAGGCAGCCGAGGUCUCCUGGUGGGAGGCUUGCGAGCUUCCUUAACUCCCUCUUCAACCAGUCAAAUUCGAAGAAGAAGAAGUCGAACAAGUCUAGCAGCAGUGGUAGUGGCUCAGUGCUGCAGUCAUCGGGGAAGGAGCACGAGGAUCCUGACCAGAGGAGGCGGAGGAGGAGCAGCAUAAGCCACUUUAGGAGCUCUAGUACUAGUAGUGUGACGGAGUCCCAUUCCAAGUCUAGAACUGGCAAUGUUAUUAGCAACGAUCAUACAAAUUAUGGCAAUAACGUUCAUCCUAGUGUGACAACUCCCACAAAGUCUUACAAGGACUUAAGGAGCUUCUUGGACCAUGGGCAAGUCGAAGCUAGUAGUAAGCCUAUAGCUUCCACUGGGGACAAGACGAAGAUACGUUCGGGUUCAAUUGGUGGGAAAUCGAGAUCCGAGUUGAAGUCGUUAGAAAACGAAGAGAAGGUCAUCUGUGGCAUGGAGUUCUAUAGGAAGUUCAAAGAUAACAAGAACAACAACAACAACAAUAAUAAUGCUGGCAGCAAAGAAAGUAUGUUAGUAGCGGAGGAAGAAGAGAGCGAUUCAAGCUCUGAUCUGUUCGAGUUGCAGAUAGGCGGUGGAGGCUACUGCUCGAGUGACUUGCCUGUGUAUGAUACCACGCAUAUUGAGAGGAUCAAGACCGGAGCUCCCAUUUCCAUCAACGCUCCCUCCUAGAUAUUCAAAUAUUAUUAGUCAUUUAUUGUCUUGACCACUACAUUGUAAUGAGAAGUAUGGAUUAAUCCUUUUGAUGUUA